GAAGCACAGGUAUUAAAAUAAUAAUGAAAAGGGAGAGGAAAAAAAAAAACCUAACCACCAUACACUCACACCUCAACUACCCGCUCCACCGCCGCGGCCACCACCGCCGCCGUGGAGAAAAUGAUGGCUUUGAAGAAAGCCUACGCGGAGAUAAUACUCAACACAUCGAAGGAGGCAGCUGCUCGGAUUAUGGCGUCGGAGAGGAAAGCUUUGCGGUUUCAGCAGGAUCUGUGUUGCCUGAAAGACGAGGCGCUUCGAAUGCUGCUUCGAUUGAGACAAAUGAUUGAUUUUCAGACCACUGAAGCAGAGACAACAUCCUUAAGGCAGCGAAGUAGGAUUGAAGAGCUUGAAGCACAGCUCCAUGAGGCAGAGGAUAUUAUAGCAGACCUUAGAGUAGAGUUGAAAGAGACUAAAGGUGAACUGCAGAAGAUGAGGAACAAAGAAGUGCAACCUUUAAAUGGACAACUUCCAAAGGUGGAUGCAACUUCUCCUGAAAAUGGAACAUAUAAUGACAGACUAAAUACAACUGAACUCAUGUCAGCCUCUCCUUCAGAUUCUGGAUUUGAAAUUUUGCCCACAUCUGAUAUAAAGGAUACACCUAUGCAUCAGAGGGUUCUGGACAAUAUGGGCUGUAAUACAACAAGACAGACUGAAUCUUCAAGUGAUUCUCAUUUGGAUAAUUAUUAUGCUGAUAAUCCUGAUUUGGCGCCCAUCAUCAUGAGAAGCAAAGAGCCUGAGCUGUACAGAAAUGGACGUACUCAGAGAAUUCGGGCACUUGAAAGCAACUUGCUGAAUGGAGAAUUGCCUCAUGAAGAUACAGCUGAUCAGUACUCACUCAUAAAGAAUGAAUCAGUCAUUGAAGCAGAUGGAAAAGGUGAAGGAUUACAUACUGUACCCUCUUUCAAGGCCAAGAAUAUGGAUAGAAUGAAGAACCUAGCUGAGUUAGAAGAUGGAAAGCAGCUAAGUGGUAGCAGCAAUGAGGAUCAGCCUGUUAAGGUUAUUUGGAGACUUCGGAGAAGAAGAACUCGAUAUGGGACUCGGAAAACUACUUCACGGAAGCCUUUUCCUCAUCAGCUCAUAAAAUCUUCUCAACCAUCUCCUGUUCUUUCCCACUGCAAAACAUAUUCAGAUUCAAUCACUGACAGAGUCAAAUCUGGUGAGGGAGCCUGUACUGUGUCCUCUCCCAAGGGCGAUGAUAUGGAUUAUGUGAAAAAUUAUACUGAGUUGGGACAAAAAAUGCAGCAUAAUGGCAUCUGUUACAAAGAUCAAGCAUUUAAAUCUACGUACAGAAGAUACACAAAAAGAGAUGUAAGAUAUAGUGCCGCUUUUGAGCCCUCAUGCAGAUCUCCUCUUGAUCAGCUCACUGAGUCUAGUCAACCAUCUUGUUUUCUAUCCCAUUGCAACACCAAUUCAUGUUCAGUCAGUAGCAAUGUUAAAUCUGGUGAAGAACAAUUGCAGAUAGCUGAAAAUGAGGCUAAGAUGAAGCCACCAACCCGUUUGAAUCCAGGGUUGACUUUGAUUAAAACUGACAUAGAUCCUAUAUCUGGAUCUGUAAAUGUUACAUUGAGUGUCAAGGAUGUCAAUAAAUCUGGAGCUGUUCAGAUUGCUGCAAAUGAUGACACAGAGUUGGCGGAUGAGCACAUGUCAGUAAAAAAGGAUGCUGCAGGGAGUUCUAGGCUUCUGAGUUGCAAAUUGAACCUUGAGAUGGUUGAUGCACAAUCAAUGAAUUCUGAUUCAAUUGAUACAAAUGCAUCUGAAGCAGCUAAUGGAAGUCCAAGUCAGGGUGACAACAAUAGGCUUCUUAAGUACACUUUCCAGAGGAAGAGGAAGAAAGAAUCCUUGAACAAUCCCGAUGAGAACUCUUCACCUGAAAAGAGCACUAUUAAAAGGAGGGCAAUGAGGAAACAAAAUGGAGCACCAGAAGGCCAGAAAUCUAACUUGAUAAAUCAAUCGUCUAGGGACAGUCGUAGACUGGCUCAAGUUGCUCGUCAGCUUAUUUCCUUAUCAGGAAAAAGGUGGUGAUAAAUGAUAAUAGAGCAGUUUUGAUAAAAUUGCUUAUUUCAAAGAAACCCCUUGAACGGCAGGAGGCAUAGUAAGAGAGAGCUAAAGCUUCCCAAUCAAUAAUCGUGUGUGCUAUAUAUUCUUUAAGUUGUGAGCAUCUAUGUACCCUUAAAAAUUAUCUGUCGCUGUACCUUAUUCUUUUUGCAUGCUAUUUAAUCUCAAUUUUCGCUUA